CUAAGACAUCAGCCAGCAGAGAGAAGGAAGGUGACCAAGCCUCUAUCUGGGCAGAGAAAAUCAGGACAGACAGAGAAGUGUGAGGCUGGGGAUGAGCUCAUUCUCAGGAUGUGAAGAGAUAACUAGGUUAAAAAGUUUUCUGUGCAGGCAUCAGUAGUAUUCUACUGCAGUAUUCUACUGCAGUAGAAUAAGAAGGAAGGAAAAGUGUCAUUUUAUGGUCUAAUCAGAGGCAAAUAUUAGAAAUUUCAGGAGCCAACCUAGAAAUCAGAGGGGUACAAUGACGAUGAAGCUUGAAGACAAGCAUGUAGGUAAUGGGAACCUUGUAGGAGAGGGUCAGCCAUACCUGGGUGAGAAGUAUCAAGCGAAUGGGAAACCAGUAGCAAAUGGGAGAGGAGAGAUCUCUGUAAAGCAGGAGGCAAAUGGAAAGUGUGGCAUGCCCAGAAAAAGCCUCAACAUGUACAGCUGGCAGGAGAUCCAGAAACACAAUCAGAAGGCUGAUCAGUGGCUGGUGAUCAAUCGCAAGGUCUACGAUGUUACUGGCUGGGCCAACAAGCAUCCAGGGGGGAGCCGAGUCCUCAACCACUAUGCUGGGGAAGAUGCCACGGAUGUCUUCAGAGCCAUGCACCUGGACCUUGACAUUGUAAAAUUGUACCUUAAGCCGCUGCUCAUCAGAGAGCUUGCCCCAGAAGAGCCUAGCCAAGAGAGACACAAAAGUUCCCAGCUGGUGGAAGAUGUCCGAGAAUUGCGGAGAACAUUAGAGGCCAUGAACAUGUUCAAGGUCAACCCAGUGUUCUUCUUCCUUCACUUCGCCCAGGUCUUGAUUUUAGAAACUCUGGCUUGGCUAAUAGUGUGGCAUUUUGGCAGUGGCUGGCCUGUGACAAUAUUCAUCUCCUUCCUUCUCACAAUUUCCCAGGUAAGCACUGUUUUUUUUCUGCAACAUGACUUGGGACACACUUCUAUAUUUCCAAAGUCCAAGUGGAGCCGCUUGAUGCAAAAAGUUGUGAUGGGUCAUCUCAAGGGCCUGUCAACAUGCUGGUGGAAUCACCGACACUUCCAACAUCAUGUAAAAACAAACAUCUACCCCAAAGACCCAGAUAUUAAUACAGACCCACUUUUCGUGAAUGGAUAUUUGAAGCCUGCCCAGAAUGGCAAGAAGAAAAUCAGUUACAUCAACUAUGAAAAGCAGCACCUGUGUUUCUACAUGGUUGGGCUUUUUCUCCUAAUGCCUGUGUAUGCCAACCUGAUGUCCAUGGAAAUGAUGUACCUCCAAAAGUAUUGGGGGGAGUUUGCCUGGGUCAGCAGCUUUUAUAUCCACUAUUUUAUCAUGUUUGGCCCUUUUUAUGGAAUCUUCGGAACCAUAUUGCUCAUAUUUUUGGUCAAGUUUCUUGAAAGUCCCUGGGUAGCAUAUGUUACCCAGAUGAGCCAUGUACCUAUGAGAAUAAGCAAAGAGGAGAACCGGGACUGGCUCAGUACUCAGGUCUUGGCCACCUGUAAUGUUGAACAGUCCUUUUUCAAUGACUGGUUCACUGGGCAUCUGAACUUCCAGAUUGAGCACCAUCUGUUUCCCACAAUGCCACGCCAUAAUUAUCACAAGGUGGCACCCUUGGUGAGGUCGCUGUGUGCCAAGCAUGGAUUGCAGUAUGUGAACAAGCCCCUGUUGAAAGCAUUUGGAGCUCUCCCACAAGGCCUUGAAGAAAUCUGCAGCCCUCUGGAUGGAUGCUUACUCUGAAACAUGAAGCAGAGCAUCAACCUUGACACACAUGUAGCUGUGUCUCUGAAGGGGGUUAAUCAAUGUGCAAGAGCUCUUUCCUGCUUACCUGCUGGUGCCAUGGGCAUACCUGCGGUGCCAGGAGUGUGAAUCCCAAGGGCACAUGAUAACCCCCUCCCUGAAGGUUUUCUCUGCAAUUGCAAAGCAAUGGAAACACAAGAUGGUUAGGGUACCAAAAGGGAAAUGGGAGCCAAUUUUCUUUAUUUCUUCUAUAGAAUCUUGAACUUAGUCCUACUAAUAGACCUAAUCAGAUCAUCUCCAUCACUGGGGCAUAUGCAAGGGAACCAGGCAAAAGUCUUACUGAGACACUGGGUAUAAGAAGAAGUGGGACAAAAGAGAGACCUCUGAUGGACACUUGGGAAAACAGCACGGUUGCCCUUAGAAGAGAAUGGUGUAUUUAAGAAAUUUCUGUUGACCAUACAAAUUUUUGCUUAUUCCUUACUUAAAUGUGUGAGCCUCUUUUUUCUCUAAAAAUUAAACAUAAUUAACAUUUAAGUCUCCUUAAAUGCUUCAAGCGUCA